CCGCGGCCAGCCGUAGCCGCUGCCGUCGAGUCACUAGCGCCGGCUGGCGGCGUCCGUGCCCCUUUGUGUCGUGGGGACGCUCGGAGCGUGACGUCGUCCGGCCGCGGGACGGGCCCGGCCGAGCCUAGUCUAGCCAUGGGCCUGAUAUUUGCUAAGCUGUGGAGUUUCUUCUGUGACCAGGAACACAAAGUAAUAAUAGUGGGACUUGACAAUGCAGGAAAGACCACCAUUCUUUACCAGUUCUUAAUGAAUGAAGUGGUCCACACAUCUCCAACCAUAGGAAGCAAUGUUGAAGAAAUAGUAGUAAAAAAUACCCAUUUCCUUAUGUGGGAUAUUGGAGGACAGGAGUCAUUACGGUCAUCAUGGAAUACCUAUUAUUCAAAUACAGAGUUCAUCAUUCUUGUUGUUGACAGCAUUGACAGAGAACGACUUUCUAUCACAAAAGAAGAACUUUACAGAAUGUUGGCUCAUGAGGAUUUACGGAAGGCUGCAGUUCUCAUCUUUGCAAAUAAGCAGGACAUGAAAGGUUGUAUGACAGCUGCUGAAAUAUCUAAAUACCUCACCCUUAGUUCCAUAAAGGAUCACCCAUGGCACAUUCAGUCCUGCUGUGCUUUGACUGGAGAAGGAUAUAAUAACACCUUAAGUAUAUCUUCCCCUUGACUGACUUCUGGAUCUUCCUUACAGCUGAGUCCACCAGCUUUAACUGAUAGGAUGUUUCAGUCGUUCGGAAGAAUGAUGCUCUACACUCCUGAGGGCUAGCCCAUUCACUCUCACUAUGUCAACUGGCUAGCCUACUUGCUCUUUGUUUAGUGUCUGUAAUACCCGGGUGACUGCUUCAACUCUAUACACUAGGGCAGCAACUCUGACUUGACCAGAGGGUAAAUAAUAUAAAUAGGGUGUGGCUUUCAGCCUCACUGUGGUGAUCAUUUAUGAACCCCAUUUUCGCUUGUGUAGGAGCCAACAAAUAUUUUAGUGCUCCUGGAAAUUCCUACCAGUAGACUUCCAUCCCUUCAUCCUGGAAUGUCUUUUUAAUGUGCAGUCCUAUCAGACCUUAUUUUGACUUUUCAGAUGUAUACUCAAAAAGACAUGUUUGUCAACAUUCACUAUGACAUGAAGACCUACUUUGUUACUGGUGUAAAACCCAUUACCUAUAUGCAGUUGAUGUAAUUGACUUAUUAACUUCUAUCUCAGUUAUGCCAGCAUAGUUACUAAAAUUUAAAACAGAGCUUUCCUCAGACCCCUGGAAUUCACAGAUCAGACAUUCUUGGUGUCUGACAGGAGCUAGCCAUUGGUUUUUCUUUCAGAUUCAGUUACCCAGUUUUCUUAGGUGCCCUAAACAUAUGCCUUGAUUUUCAAACAGCCUCAUCAUUUGUAGAAUUCAUUUUGUUUCAGCAGUAAAAUAGUAGAAGAAUAGUCUAUGAUAAUGCUGCCUCAGGGCUUCAAAAGUAGUGGAUAUAACAGAUCAUUCAGAAGUUUAAAAAAAAAAAAAUCUUCCCCACAAUGAUGAAAUGUGAAGUUUACUUUUCAGAUAGAGCUGGGACUGUCCUGUGAAGUGAGUGUCUGCCUGUACCUCCAUCACUUUCCCUGACCUCUCAUAAUGGGAGGUACUUGACCCACUUUUGGUCUAUUAAUUUUGGAUAUUUAUUUCCAAAAAUUAAGCCAUUGACUUGUCCAACUAGCUACUAUUAUUUUUGCUAAAGGCAACUUGGAUAGGUAAGUCAUGAGGAUCUGGCUUUGUGUAAACAGAUCUACAUUUUCAGGUCAAAUUAUUUCCUUUCAUAUUUAAAUUGGUGAUGUACUUACUGUAACUUUGUUCUUAAUAUGUAUAUUCUAUGUAAUUCCACAUUCUCAUUUCAAAAUUUAUUGUAGGGAAGCAUUAAUUAAGCCAGUGCCUUUUUCUUUAGUGUACGCAAAAUAGAAUUUUAUUUCUUCAUUUAAUUUGAAUCAUUUGAAUAUUACUUAAAAAGGCUUUCUUUAAUGAAAAAAUGGGAUCACUCUCUCCUUGGCUCUAUUGCGUUACCAAAAUUCAGUGUGUUAAUGGAUAAUAUAGGGUCUGACCGUAUACUACAACCAAAAGAGAAAUGUCACUGGCAGUUGUUUUAAUCCAUCAAUAUACAACUUUGGUGCUUCUUGGCAGUCAAUUUUGAGUUUCAGCCAGACAUGAUUUUGUGUUAGCCUCACCCUGGCAUUGAAUGAAGAUCUAAUGUAAGCAGCAUUUGAAAUGUGAUACUUGUGUUAGCCCUAAGGCAACAGUUAUCAAACUGUUGGUCGGGACCCCAAAGUAGAUCGGGACCCCGUUUUAAUGGGGUCGCCAGGGUUGGCG